AUUUGCCUAUAAAUAUUACGCCUAUCUCAACUCCCUAAACCAUCUCUCAAACACUCCUAGAACUAGAAUACCCACAAGCUAGCUAUCAUUCACCUUUCUUUCUUGCUCUCUAUAUACUAUUAUAUAUAUUAUUUCUUAUAGCUAGCAAGCUAAGGAAACAAAUAUACAUAGAAAUAUAUGGGUGCUACUGGAGGAGAUGAUCAUCAGGCGGCCGGCAUGUUCUCAGUGACCGUGACCGAGAAGGAGGUGGUGGCAGCAGUGCUACCACUGCACGAACAUUGGCUGCCACUCUCCAACCUUGACUUGCUUCUUCCUCCACUUGAUGUGGGUGUUUUCUUUUGUUACAAGAGACCAACGUCGUCGACCUUGACGAUCAGCUCAUCCUCACCAGCUACUAAUUCUUACAAUUUUCGGUCCAUGGUUGGUGUUCUGAAAAAGGCCAUGGCCCAAGUUCUGGUGUCUUACUACGCCUUUGCCGGAGAGGUUGUGGCUAACUCUGUGGGUGAGCCUGAGCUGCUGUGCAACAACCGAGGCGUGGACUUUUUUGAAGCAGUUGCAGAUAUUGAGCUUAUGGACCUCAAUUUGUAUAACCCUGAUGAUAGCAUUGAGGGGAAGCUCGUGCCCAGAAAGAAGAAUGGGGUCCUUGCUGUCCAGGCAACACAACUGAAAUGUGGCGGUUUAGUGGUGGCGUGCACGUUUGAUCAUCGCAUUGCAGAUGCCUACUCGGCCAACAUGUUUUUGGUGUCAUGGGCAGAGACAGCUCAAUCUAAACCAAUAUCACUGCUUCCAUCGUUCAGAAGAUCCUUGCUAAACCCAAGACGACCUAGUUGCGUGGACGCUUCUUUGGACAACAUGUACGUGCCCGUCUCCACACUGUCACCUCCCAAAGAGCCUGCACCUGAUGCUGAUCAACUCGUAAGUCGCAUAUACUAUGUGAAAGCAGAUGACCUAAAUCAACUACAAUCCCUUGCUAGCUCCAAAGGGAACAAGAGGACAAAAAUGGAAUCAUUUAGUGGAUUCUUGUGGCAAUUGGUUGCCAAGUAUUGUGCUAUAAAAGAUGAUGAUGAUGAUGAUGAUAACAUUAACAAUGCCUGCAAGAAGAUAUCAAAAAUGGGCAUCGUUGUGGAUGGAAGGACUAGGUUAAGUAGUGAUCUUGAAAGAGGGGAUGUAAUGGAAGCAUACUUUGGAAAUGUGCUAUCCAUCCCCUAUGGUGGCAAGACAGUCCGUGAACUAAUUGAAAAUCCAUUGAGUUGGGUUGCAAAUGAGGUCCAUGAUUUCUUGGAAAAUGCAGUGACCAAGGAGCAUUUCUUAGGGCUGAUUGAUUGGGUGGAGGCUCGGAGGCCAGAGCCAGCUGUGGCCAAGAUAUAUUGUGGUGGUGGUGAUAGCGACGGGCCGGCUUUCGUCGUCUCCUCCGGGCAAAGAUUCCCGGUCUCGAAGGUGGAUUUCGGCUGGGGUGUGCCUCUUUUCGGGUCGUAUCAUUUUCCGUGGGGUGGAACUGCUGGGUACGUGAUGCCCAUGCCAAAUCCAGCAGGUAAUGGUGAUUGGAUGGUGUACAUGCACCUGUUCAGAGGGCAGCUGGAGUUCAUCGAGACAGAAGCUUCCAAUUUCCUUAGGCCCUUGACUUGCAAUUAUCUACGUUGCCUAUCUGCAUCAUCAAACUAGCUAGAUAGCAGCUAUCGAUCUGGCUACGAUGUUGUAAUUAAUUAUUAUUACCAUGCUUGGAUGGAUUGUGCUCCCUGCCUGAAUUCAAUAUCACCACCCGUUGGCUU